AUGGGUAGAAAUUUGAGUUAUUUGGUUGUGUUGAUGAGUGUAUUAUUUAUGGUUGUUCAUCAGCAGCAUGUAUUUGUGGGAGCAGUUCUUCCUCCAGCAUUUGUUGAUAAAUGGCAUGUUCAUGUGAUUAAUGGGCUGAGCAAUGGGAAAUUAUUUGUGCAUUGUAAAUCAAGAGAUACUGAUAUUGGAGAACAAUAUAUUAAUCAUGGAGCUGAGAUUCAAUGGAGUUUCAAGGAAAAUGUUUGGGGAACAACUUUGUUUUGGUGUUUUGUGAAGAACCCAAAUGGUAGCUUUGCCUCUUUUGAGGUGUUUUGGCAUGAAGCACAACACUAUUGGCUUCAUUAUAGGUGCACUUUACAAGGUACCUGUUUUUGGACGGCUAAAGACGAUGGAAUUUACUUGAGAAACAUUCCGGAUGGUAUUGAAGAAAAGAUUCAUGAAUGGAAGAGGGGAUAG